AUGGCCCCUCCGAUUCCCGCUGCCGAGUCUCCCCUCCGUCGCCACCGUGCGCCUACCAUUCUCUCACCGGCACUACUCCCAGUAACACUAACAGUAAUAGCGCCAUUCGCGCCCCUCAUCCCAUUGGCCCGCUUCGUCCCCUUCGUCCCGCUCGUUCCGCUCGUCUCCCGCGCCUCCCUCGUACCGCGCGCGCCGCGCGUGCCACGUGCGCCACUCGUGCCGACUUCAUCCGUACUGCCACUUCUCGUGCUUCUACCGGCGCUGGUAUUGCUCGGCCGUCUCCCCGCUGCCGCCUCUAGUCGUAGCUCGUCCGAAUCUCCCUCCGAAGCACCAGCAGCAGUAGCGCAGCCGGCGGUGCGCGGCCGCCGCCUCGCAGCGGACGAGCCGCAGGAGUUCGCCACGUCUGUCGGCCAAGUUCUAUCAGGUGGGUCCCUCAUCUGCUGGUGGGGGACAGACUGGCUCUGA